AUGCUGCUGAUCCUUACUCUGGCCGCCGCUAUGCUCGCCGUGCUGCUGUCACCCAUGCCGCCGCCGCCAUGCUCGUCAUGCUGCUCUCGCUGUCCCCGCUACCGCUACGCUCGCCGUGACGCUGUGGCCGGGCUGGCCGAAAAGCUGGCCGACGACGACGAGUUUGAAGUCGAGAAGAUCAUCGAGAUGAAGUUCGUGCGUGGAGAGCCCAAGUACCAUGUGAAGUGGAAGGGUUACGACGAGACGCCUGAACGUGAGAACAAGGAGGAAGAACUACAAGUCAUAGCCGAGGAGCUGCAAUCUCAUGAGGCCAAGCUCAAAGAGGAGGGCCGGCGUCUCCAGAACGCGAAGAUUUGGAAUGAAAUGAAGCGCCAGGCCCGGCUCCUGGAAGAGCAGUUCAAGAACAACGGGUGCCCAGCUGUGUUUAAAGAGCUCGAAGCCAACCGCAACCGGAUCGAGGAAGAGAGGGCGGCGAUGCAAGCAGAACGGAAUGGUGUGAGAACGCAGUUAGAAUCGAUGAAGGCUGCACUAGAGGCGGUGAAAACGGAGAACAGCGGACUGCAAGACACCAUCGCGAGGCUAGAGCUGUACUUGAGUAUGUUCAAGCAUAGCGCGGUGACCGAGGAAGCUAUCGAUGAGUUCACGGAAUGGAACGCCGUCAUCCGAGAUGGUAACACGUGCACAAUGCAGAAGAAGCGCGACUUCAUUCUGGGCAAAAUGAAGGAGGCGUUUGGAUCGAAGACGGCGGACGCUGAAGAGUUCAAGACGCUUGCGGUCGAGUUCUGGGAGAAAAGAAAUGAGUUGGUCCACGACAAGACAGGUACCGUCAUCCACGCGAUGGACCACGGCAGAUACGCGUAUGUAUGCACGGAGAUUAUGGAAGCAUUGGGCGUGUUGGAGAAAACCAAUAAUGAUUAG